CCGUCUCCUCCGUUCUCAUCUCACACAGGCCCACCGCGUUUGCUGGCUAGGAAUCGAUCCCUUGCUUUCGCUGCUGCCCCCCAUCUUUUCGGUGCGAGAGAAACCGAGAAGCCUGCCUGCCUCUGCCUGCUUUCUAGGAGGGAGGAGAAGAGGAUCCCCCCCCCCCCCGCCCGGUUCCCCACCCACCGGAUCGGGAUUUCUGAUUGUCCAGGCCGCUGGUUGCAGCGAGGUUUCGGGCCUUCGGGGGAUUUGAAAAUUUGUUGUGCUAAUGGAGUCCAAGGGUGGCAAAAAGAAGUCUAGCAGUAGUCGUUCCUCCCUGAUGUACGAAGCUCCCCUCGGCUACAGCAUUGAGGACCUCCGCCCUGCAGGCGGCAUCAAGAAGUUUUCCGCUGCUUACUCGAACUGCACGAGGAAGCCAUCCUGAUAGCCAUCUCGUCGAUCCAUCCUAGUAGCUUAGAAACCACCUGCAAUUUCAUUUUGAUCUUCCUAAAUCUCUCUGGCUAGCUGCUUUCUGGUGACCAGAUUUCAAGAAACUGCCUCCUGUCUUCCUUGGUUGUCUGUCAUCUUGCUCUGGAACAAUGGCAGUCCUGCAAGGUGCUGCUGCUGCCCCUCCCCCGGUCUCUGCAAUUGGGUUUGAGGGAUAUGAGAAGCGCCUUGAGAUCAGCUUCUCUGAGGCAUCUGUCUUCGCUGAUCCCAAUGGAAGGGGACUGCGUGCUCUCCCGCGUGCCCAGAUUGACUCUGUCCUUGACCUUGCACGGUGCACCAUAGUGUCUGAGCUCUCAAACGAGGACUUUGACUCUUAUGUCUUAUCUGAGUCAAGCCUGUUUGUGUACCCCUACAAGGUUGUGAUCAAGACCUGCGGGACUACCAAGCUUCUGCUUGCCAUUCCGAGGAUUCUUGAGCUUGCUGAGGAGCUCUCACUGCCGCUUGCUGCUGUUAAAUACUCACGUGGGACAUUCAUAUUCCCUGAUGCACAGCCAUCCCCACACAAGAACUUUGCUGAUGAAGUUGCCCUCCUGAACCGCUACUUUGGCGGUCUCAAGUCCGGUGGCAAUGCUUAUGUGAUUGGAGAUCCUGCAAAGCCUGGGCAGAAGUGGCACAUCUACUAUGCCACUGAGCAUGCUGAGGAGCCUGUUGUUACUCUGGAGAUGUGCAUGACUGGGCUGGACAAGAAGAAAGCUUCCGUCUUCUUCAAGACCUCCGCAGAUGGCCACACCUCCCGUGCUAAGGAGAUGACCAAGCUUUCUGGUAUCUCGGACAUCAUCCCGGAGAUGGAGAUCUGUGACUUUGACUUUGAGCCCUGCGGCUACUCCAUGAACGCCAUCCAUGGCCCUGCUUUCUCGACCAUCCAUGUGACCCCCGAGGAUGGCUUCAGCUAUGCAAGCUACGAGGUCAUGGGCUUGAACCCGUCCUCCUUUGCUUAUGGCGAUCUGGUUAAGAGGGUGCUGCGGUGCUUCAGCCCGUCUGAGUUCUCUGUUGCCGUGACCAUCUCUGGUGGGCGUGACAAUGCGAAGUCCUGGGGGAAGAAGCUGAAUGCCGAAUCCUAUGCUUGCAGCAACAUGGUUGAGCAGGAGCUGCCUGCUGGUGGCUUGCUCAUUUAUCAGAGCUUCACUGCUACUGAUGAAGCCACCACUGGAUCGCCGAAGUCUGUCCUGCAUGGCUUUGCUGGGAACAGUGCUGAGAGUGGUGAGCUCGACACUCCUUUGUGCUGGGAGGUGGAUGCUGUGGAUGAUGAGACUGAGGAAAGGGAGGUAAAGAAGAUGAAGUGCUGAUGCUGAUUUUGCUAUGCUGAAGACCGAAUAGAAGUCCUGCGAGUUAACUCUAUUAUGAUUUAUAGUUGCUGCCCUUGGUUAUCUUGUGAAGCAGCCAAGCCAGAUUAUUUAUGCUUCAUAGCCUGCGUAAUAUUGUGCUGCGAAAGCGCAUGCUUAUUCUGAAUAAAAUGGCUCUAGGUGGCUAGCUUUGUCUGCCACAAUGAGCCGAUGUACCUGUUUUGUGUAUGGAACUGUAUGAAUCGAAAUAAAGUCUCUGUUUGAUGACAAUCUGAAUGAAGUGUUUUUAUGUGAUUGCUCCA